AUGAAGUUUGCUCUGAAAACAUUAGCUCUUUUAAAAGCCUGUGCUGAUGGAGGUGCCAACCGCCUAUAUGAUCUCAUUGGAAGAGAGAGAGAAAGCUUUUUGCCCGACUUCAUCAGUGGAGACUUUGAUUCUAUCAGGCCUGAAGUUAAAGAAUUUUAUGCAACCAAGGGAUGUGAGAUUAUUUCAACUCCUGAUCAAAACUAUACCGACUUCACCAAGUGCCUUGAAGUGCUUCAAAAGAAGAUACAAGAAAAACACCUACAGGUAGAUAUGAUUGUGACACUGGGAGGACUUGCUGGGCGUUUUGACCAGAUUAUGGCAUCCGUGAGCACCUUGUAUGAAGUGACUUGCAUCUCUACUUUGCCGGUUAUAAUAAUCCAAGGGGAAUCUCUCAUCUACCUGCUCCAACCAGGUAAACAUCAGUUACAUCAGUCAGGUGGAGAAGGACAAUGGUGGGGCAGCUUACCAGGCGAACCUCUUCUGGAUCUCACAGUGACAGGAGGAGUCUGGAAUCUCACAAAUGAUGUGCUCGGUUUUGGAACACUGGUCAGUACUUCCAACACCUACGACGGAUCUGGUGUUGUGACCGUGGAAACGGACCAUCCCCUGCUCUGGACCAUGGCCAUCAAACACUGAGCCGGCAGCUGGCAUCCACAGCUGUGCCCCCGGUUAACUGUUUGCCAAUGCUUAUUGCUCAACAAGAAUACUUCAUCUCGGUUUAUACGAAUCUCAACUUCUCCAUGGGAAACCCACUAGUCUUAAAGAUGCUAAUGUUUAAAUGACCCAGGUAACGUAAAUGACCGAUCUCAAUUUUACAGUGAAGGGGAAAGAUCAUUAUUUGUCAAGAAAGUAAACAAGCCCCAUUACACUCAGUUGCAAGGCUAAUGUGGAUCAUUUCACUCUAACAUUUAGUACUGAUUGUUCUUAUGUUAUCAAUCAUUCCAUUUAUCCUAGGAAAUUGCUUUUAGUUUUGAAGCUGAGAAAGCUCCAUUGAGGAUCCUUGGAGUCCAGCACAUAACCUUCCUCCUGGCCAUCCUUAAAUGCUUAACACCAAGGGCUACUUCUGCGUGUCUAAUAUUAGAUUUCUGUUUAUAAUAUAAAAAAGAUUCCAAUCUGUAUUACCCUGUAUAUAAUACAGAUUGGGAUGUUAGGACUGCACCAUUUCACCCCGGCCUUAUUACUGUCUUUGGUAUUGUCUUUCAAAAAUAGAUCAAGAAUCUCUGAUCUAACUACUAAACUUGAAAACAGAGUUAUGUAAGCUACUGGUGAAAAGAGAAAUGGCCUGAAAGAUAAAUGACAAUUCAGAAAGCCCUCCUGACAUAUUCACCCCAAACUCAGAUUCUAAAGUGAGGGGCUAUGCUUUCAUGGAGUGACAGAUCAAAACCACCCUCAUCAUAAUGCCCCCUAGACUGAAAAUGUUGUGCAGAGGAAACUUAAGCAUAAAAGUUGAACUGUUUCUGACAUGCCUCAGACUGAAAAAAUUAUGGUUCAUGGACCACAAGUUUGUUCAAAUGACCAGAAAAGGAGUUUGACAAUCUAUGGGGAUACGUGACCACUGUGUGCUAGGAAACCUACAUCUGAAAGCCCACAUUCUUGCCUAUUCCAGACGUUCACCUAGAGAGCCCUGGAACCCCCUUCUCCUUAGCUAGAACAUGGAAGGGGCUGCACAGAUAGUGCCUGAGUUCCUUCCCACCCUGAUUCUAGGCCCUUACACUUGGCAGAUAGGCAGAUAGUGCACAGGGUCCCUGCCCCAGUGGGCUAGACCACCUGGGACACUGAAAUGUAUUCAUGUUUCUUUUAUUGUAUGACUCUCUCCUAUAUUACCCUUUUCUACCCUGCAAACCAAAACAAAAGCUGCCAUCCCAUCCACCAUGUAAGGAGAACCUCUUCAUUUUUCAUUAUUUAUGCAAAUAUAUGUGAGAUUGAAACCUGGAGGUCAAAUCAAAUAUUUAGUCACCAAUGUGCAUGUCUGUGGUCAGUUUUUAAGACGAGAGUCCGUUUUCUCAAUUGUAGUUCAUUAUCACCCAUCUCUCAUAGUCAAUGUUUCUGUUACAAAAAAAAAACAUGAUUUGUCCAAAGGGUAGUUAAUAAUAACUACAGUACUUCAUCCAUCUGAUCUCAGAGAGCAACCCAGCAUUAUGAAUCCCUUCUCUAAUCUCUGUGGGAGUCACACUCUAGAUCACGUGUACCAGGUGUUAACACGUGAUCUCUCUGGACCUGUUGCCCCACUAAAAUAGGGAUUAUGUACAGCACCCAUUUGACUUGUGGGCCUUAGAAGGGAAGGGCAUGCAGAUUGCUUUAAAAAUCUUUCUAAGUUGGAGAAGAAAGAAGUAACAGGCGGAAUUUCCAUAGUAGAAAAGCUGAAGGAAACUGAUGGAGGAAGAAGCCUGGGGAAGGGAGAGGAGAAGUGGUGAGAGCACAGGCGGGAGCCCCGCCCACGGAGGCAGUGCAAGGCUCAGCACUAGGCCCUUCCGCAUGUGCUGGGCACAAGGCAGAUCCCAGAGCCUCUGUCCAUGCACUGCCCACCUUCCCAUUCACUGCAGAAACAAAGGGAAGAUGAGUCAGGCACUGGCUGCAUCCUUGUCUCAUUUAACUUGGAACCUCCACAGAAAAGUUUACCCAAGACCUCAGACCAUUGCCCCCAAUACCCAUACCAAAGAAAGUAGGACAGUGUAAGGAGCAGAAGGUAAAGUGCAUGGCAUUCUCAGCACUUGUUAUUUUCUACCUCACUUAGAAGUUGAAGCGUAGCCAUUAUAUAUUCAUGACGAGAAAUGUAUUCACAACAUAUAAAAGAGAUAAGUCUAUUGUUUUAAAAUUUUACUGCAAAAAAAAUGCAUGCCCUAUUUACUCUGAAAAUCUUAACAGUGUUCGUAAGUGGAUACUUAGAAAAAAGAAUAUAGUUUGCUGAAGCUCAACUAAGCAGGGAAUAAAGCAUGCAGACUUAUCCCACACACCACUUGCUUUAUCAUGCGGCAGCCAUGGGCGGCCUGUGGAAGUGUUCCUCUUGAAGUAUGGGGCAUCUUUCCCAAUUUCUAAGGAAUUAAGUAUUUCACCCAGUUCUGUUCCUCAGAACAGCCAUAAGUGCCAUUUUCCUCUUUUUGUGCUUCCUCACCGUGUCGCUCAAAUGGGUAUCCCUUUAUUAUUUUAUGGUAACACUGAGUCUGCAGAUGAUGCGAUCUCCCACACGCUCCGAGCGUCCUGGGCCUCUGCAGGGCUUCCCGCACCUGCCCACUCGGGAUCCCGGCCUCCAGCUUGUAGCCAAAGGAGAAACUGGAAGCUGGGCCCUGCUGGGAGAGCAACCUGUGCUCCUUGGCCCUUCCGACUUCAAUCUGUUUCUUCUUUACAUGGGUUGGAUUUAUGCCUGUUAUAAAUCUAGUGAUGGUCUCCCAGAAAUGGCUCUAGCUACCUAAAUCACUGAUUAGAGGAAACAUGCUAUGAUCACUCUUUCCUGCACACAGCCGGGAAAACCUGAAAACGGCUUCAGGCAUUGAAACUCUGGUUGGAGUCACAGGUUAAUAUGAGAUGUGCUGAGUGGUGUGUGUGGUCCAAAGAAUUGGGAGUGAACCGUGCUCGGGCAUAGGUCAGGCAGAGUGAUACAUCUUCAUGGCUUAGUUUUUGCUAAGCAGCCCACAGUUUUCUCUUGGGAUGGAAACGAGAGCCCUUUGCACUCAUGCCCUCGGAGCAAGGAGGCAGCGGCCAGGACAUUCCGGGCAUUCCUAAAGGUGAUGCCUCAGGCGUUCGGGUCAUGCUUCUCUAUGUGUGGAAUGCAUUUUAAACAGAUUUUCUUACUGCUCCUUCAAUCCAUGCCUUCCAAAGCUUCCAAACCAGAACAAUCAAAAUAAAGCAGCUCUUGGGUCUGAUGUGAUUGAGACUGAUGAUAUAUGCCCAGUCAGCAAGCAGUAAGAAACAGUGCUCCCCCCAAGGCUCCGAAAGGGCAGUGGUCUGAGCGGUAAUUUUCUGACUAUACUGACUGUGACCCACUAGAAAUGCAUUUUGUCUUGUGACACACACACACACACGUACUCUACUAAUUUUAUUCUAAAUUGAAAAAUACUCAUAAGUCUAUUCUAGAUUGAAAAACCACACCAAGGAGUAAAAUGCA